AUAGGACGGCUGGAUGAGAGCGAGGCCCUCCUACCAUUCCAUUGUCCCGAGAAGAUUUCCUUCCGUUCUGUAGACACUCAAGCGACCGAACUCCGCCUCUCUGGAGAUGGCGCCGCCGGGCUUUAUCGCCAGCUGACGAAACGAUCGCUUGCCUUUAGAAAGGCAAUCCGAAGAGCCAAUCAGUGUCGGCGAGGGGCGGAGCCUCGAGGCCCGUUGCCAUAGGCGGAAAAGGCUGGAGCGCUAGCGCUUCGUUUCUCAGUCAAAGGGCUAAAAUGGAGGCGUCUGUGGAGCGGCUGCUUUUGCCGCUGUUGGUGGUGCUGACGGCAACGUCUUUAGCGAUGGGCUGGGAGCAGCCGGAGAGAGUCCUAUUGCGGGAGGUCCAAGCCCUGACACUGUAUCGGGGAAAAUACACAAAUUAUCGGAGAACAUCUCCAGUGCCCCAGUUGCAAUGUACCGGAGGCUCCGCUGGAUGUACAUCAUAUACCCCUGAGGUUGUUCAGUGUUACAACAAAGGUUGGGACGGCUACGAUGUGCAGUGGGAAUGUAAAGCACAUUUGGAUGUUUCAUAUCGCUUUGGAAAAAUUGAAGUAAGCUGUGAAGGCUACGAUUACCCAGAUGACCCUUUCAUUUUAAAAGGAUCCUGUGGCUUGGAAUACACAUUAGAGUUAACUAAGGAAGGACAGCAAAAAGCUAACACCUUUUCUGGGACCUAUUAUUCUGCAACUUCUCAUGAGUCAUUUGGUUCCGGAUUUGGAGUGAUCCUGGUAAUAUUAUUCAUUGUAUUUGUUUUUGGCAUCUACAAGCUAUUCCUCUGUGAUAACCGACAACAUAAUUUCCCUAAUGAUGAUGUACAUUCAGGAUCCUAUGGGCAAAGUUAUCAAAGCCCACCUCCAACAGGAUUUAAAUCAAAUUACACAGGAGCUGCUAGUGGGUCCAGCUAUGAUUCCAAUUCAGGGCCAGGUUUCUGGACUGGAUUAGGUGCCGGAGGACUUCUUGGAUACUUGUUUGGCAACCGAAGGUCACCUUCAGAUCACAGGUAUUCUCCUUAUUAUAGCACGUGGGCUGGUCCAUCUGCUCCACCUCCAUUUACUGGUUCAUUUGGCAAUUCAAAUAGCUGUUCAUCAUCUUACAGGUCAGAAACAAAAGCCACCUCUGGUUUUGGAGGUACAAAAAGAAGAUGAAGUUUGACUUCCACUCUACCUAAGCCAGUGAAUAAAGCAACAAUUUGGCAAUUCUGAAAUGUGUCUUAGCCUGCUUGCUAGAGUUAUAAAAUUUUAACUGUAUAUAUUUGUAUCUGUGCAUCUCUAAAACUGUCGCUAAAUUUAUUUUGGAACAGUAGCUUUUAACAAAAUAGGGAAGUUUCUCAAGUAAUUUCUAACACGGAACUGUGUUCUAUAGAAAAGGGAAGAUAAUAGGGUUGCCUUCUGCAAUCUAGUGCCUUUCAGAUGGAUUGGAAUAUCUCUCCUAGAAAUAAUAGCUUGCCAACCUGUUGGGGACUAAAGAUAGGAAUAUCAGUAAUAAUUAUAUUUUUUAAAAGUUGGAAAUGCCAUUUUCUAAGGCAGCGGCCCCCAAUCUUUUGGGCACCAGGGACCAGUUCCAUGGGGAGAGGUUUUUCUGCGGACCAGAGGGAGCAUGGUUUCGCAUGCUGCUUGCAUCCCACAGAUCGGGCUUUGCUUGUUUGAGUGGACCAGUGCCAGUCCAUGGACUGGGAGUUGAGGACACCUGUUUUAAGGCUUUCUGAUAAUAGCUAUUAUACAUUAUAAAAACAAAGAAGGAAACAUUUGGAAUAGUGUACUCUCUGGACUGAACAGACUGAUCUAAUCAAGGUCUGUUAUUUUCUUUACAAUAGUUCUUUAGAAAGACCUGAGAGAGAAAAAAGUCAACUAGACAGUAAUUCCAUUAGAUUCAGUGGAAUCUGCUUCCAGUAUGUAUAUAUUGGAUUAUAUAUUUCUAGUUAAGGGGUUAUUUACUACAUACAGCUCAUUUGAUGGAAUCUAUGGCACAGAUAUCUUAGAAUGCAUUUUCAGGUAUGUCAGGAAUUCACAUAGAAUACUUAUUUGUGUGCAAAAUUGUUCUUUAUUAGAUCAAACAUUACUUUCUUGUCAUGGGACAUAAAUGAUACAAGGCAUUGGGGACUCAUCUUUACUGGGCAUCUUGCUUACUUCCAGUUAAAUGUAAUUUUUUCCCCUCUUUCUUUUGUAUGUACCCCUUUCUAACCUUUCUUCCUAGCAUUUUGUGAAUAUUUUCUUAGUUUCCAUUCCUGUAGAAAAUUAAAUUGCUGAGGAAAUUAACAGCAGUCCCAAAAGUUUGUAUUUAAAUUUCAGAAUAAAGUAAUAAUGCCUGAAAGUA